AUGGCCUCUCCGCAAUCGAACGAUAAUCCCCAGCCGAUCGACCAGAUCCCCCCCGCAAACCUCAUCGGCUACGUGAAAGCUGCCCACGGCUUCCAAGUCCUCUAUGUAGAACCAGACUCCGAAACUGCCACGUUCAGGGCAUCGCCUGCCGAGUCCCUGCCGAGCGGCCUUGGUGACCGCUACCUCAUUCAACCGCCGAAAGACGUCCACGUCCACGUCGUCGUUUCCGUAUUGUCUGGCAGCUGCCUCGCCGAGAGCUUCUACCAGAAGAGCCUCAAGCCCCUCCUCGACGCCAUCGGCCUGCAACAGAGCGUCGAUUACACCGUCCAUCGUACCGUAUCUGCGACAACUGUCUUGGAGCUCACCCGCGAUGUAUUCCUGCCCCAGGCGAACAAGGGCGCACAGCAACGGAUAAUACUACUGUCGGGCGAUGGGGGUGUCGUUGAUGUUGUGAACGGGCUGCUUUCUGGCCCAAGAAGCACGUCGUUCGUUGCGCCAUCCGUUGCGCUAAUCCCCAUGGGCACAGGCAAUGCGCUCGCCCACUCUUCAGGCAUCACGGCCGACAACACGAUGGGUCUAGCUACAGUUGCGCGUGGAUCGCCGGUGAAGCUGCCCUUGCUCAAAGUUCACUUCUCGCCUGGCGCCAGGCUCCUGGUCGAAGAGGGCAGCAAGAAGGAAGAACUGCCGCAGAGUACGAGCGAAGACCCCAGGCCUGUCAUGUACGGCGCUGUGGUGUGCAGCUGGGCCAUGCAUGCAGGUCUGGUGGCCGACAGCGACACAGCUGAGUAUCGCAAGUACGGCGUGGAGAGGUUCAAGAUGGCUGCUAAAGAAGCGCUGUAUCCAGCCGGCGGUUCUGAGCCUCACAGAUACCGCGCAAAGCUAUCUCGGCUGCGCAACAAGGACGGACAGGCCAGCUGGGAGGCAGUCGACCGAGAAGAGCACGCUUAUGUGCUUGCGACCCUAGUGUCGAACCUGGAGAAGACGUUCAACAUCUCGCCGCACACGCGGCCGCUGGAUGGCCGUCUAGCCCUCAUUCACCUCGGGCCCAUGCCGAGCGACGAAGUCAUGCGCGUGAUGGGGCUGGCGUACCAGGAAGGGAAGCACGUGGACCAAGCUGAAGUCCACUACGAGGACAUCGAAGGCGUCCGCAUUGACUUUCUCGAAGACGAGGACCGAUGGCGACGAGUGUGCGUAGACGGCAAGAUUGUGCUGGUCGAGAAGGGAGGAUGGGUGGAAGCGCGCAGGGUGCAAAGUGAACAGGAGCAGGUCGUAGAGCUUGCGUGCCUGCGCUGA